CUUUCAGUUCCAUCCUGCGACUUGGAAGCGAAGCACGCGUCUCUUGAUUUAUGGUGCGCGGUCAGUUCAGUUCAGACCAGAUUCAGAUUCCGAUUUCGAUUCUGUUUUAGUAGGGUAGUAGUGCCGUGUACCGAGUGCCGAGUGCCAAGUGUUCCCUAGGCCUAAUGAGCCCCUUCGCGUGUUAAUUGCGAAUUAAUGACUGGCGAUUAAAAUGCAAUAAUCGCUUGCAUGGUACCCUACGAAUGAACCUUUGCGGUUCGGCUACUUUCAAGUGAAACAGUGUAGUCUAUAGAGGUCUGACAUCUAUAGAGUUCCCUUUGAAAUAACGCAGACAUUGUGCCCCGAGAAUGUUGUGGAAAAAAACUUCAACUGGAGAGGAUUAAAAAGAAACAGUGCAAAAAACGGAAAAGAGGAAACCCCCGAAACAAAAAACAAACACUUUCAUUGCUCCCCAGGCAGAGCUUAGUAGAGAGUGCUUCCCGGAUCUAAUUUGACGGAAUCGUUAGUUGACCAGACCGACCUCGACAUCUCCCACCCCCCGCACCGACACGUUUUGCUGGGGGAUCGCGUGCCGAGAGUACAACGAUAAUAACAAUAAACUUGCGGAUAACAACUACAGAAACAGCAAUAGAAUGUCCGCCCGCCUGACAUCGUUGUCCCCGUCAUCGGCAUCGGCAUCGGCAUCAUCCCUGCUCCCGGCCAGAGCCAAUUUCGGAUUACUCAACUGGCUCAUCAGUUGGCUGCUGCUGUCGAUGGCGCUGCUUAGAGGCUACAGCGCUGCGAUUGCCCCCACGCCGCCCACGACCACCACCACGACCAUCUCGCCCUCGAAUCUGCUGCCCUACUUCGACUUUGACGUGCCGCGCAACUUGACCGUAACCGUCGGCCAAACCGGCUUCCUACACUGCCGCGUGGAGCGGCUGGGUGAUAAGGACGUCUCCUGGAUACGCAAACGUGAUCUGCAUAUACUCACCGCCGGCGGCACAACCUAUACAUCUGAUCAGCGUUUCCAGGUCCUGCGACCUGAUGGCUCGGCCAAUUGGACUCUGCAAAUAAAGUAUCCCCAGCCGCGCGACUCGGGGGUCUACGAGUGCCAGAUCAACACGGAGCCCAAGAUGUCCUUGUCGUACACCUUCAAUGUUGUGGAACUCAAGGCGGAAAUCUUUGGGCCAAGAGAUCUGAUGGUGAAGACAGGCAGCGACAUUAACCUAACCUGUAAAAUUAUGCAGGGACCCCACGAGCUGGGCAACAUAUUCUGGUACAAAGGCAGCGAAAUGCUCGAUGGCAAAGGCGAGAAUGAAAUUGACAGCUCCAUGGCCCGCAUCCGCGUCGAGGAUGAUUGGUCGGACGGCCUGACUUCGAGCAGAUUAAAAAUCAAGCACGCCAUGCCCGGCGAUACUGGCAACUACACCUGUGUGCCCACGGUGGCGAAAACCUCGAGCGUCUAUGUGCACGUAAUUAUUGGCGAACACCCGGCGGCUAUGCAACAUAACUCGAGCAGCAACAGCAACAGCUUUUACUGCGGCAUCUGCUGUAUGCUGCUUAGCAUUGUUUCCUGCUGCCUGCAGCAUUGGUACGAGUCCGGGAGUGGAUAUGUCUCAACAACGGCGAUGCCAAGUACGGGUUCGGUGUUCAAUUUCCCCCGGCAUGCAACGUUGCAAACAAGAGGAACUGGAGUCACGAGAACAGCAGUAUCGACAACGGCAGCAGUGGCAGCUGCUCCAACUAGCAACAUGUUGCGAGCACGCCCGGCGGCGGCUCAGUGCAUGAGAUGAAGGAAUAAUCAACACGCCGGUGAGGCAAAACAGGAAUCAGCAGAACACUAAAAAGGCAAACACACAUACAAGCACCACGCCCACAUUCAAGGUGAUUUAAUUUCUGUUUUGGGCGCGGUAAGGUCUGAGUUGGCUCAUGAAAUAGUAUUUAUUAAUGUCUAAGAUGAUGAGUGCACGUAGUUUAAAAAGAUAACGUAUUAUCCGAUAUGCGAUGUUAUAGCAACAUGCGAAUGGAAAGACAAGGGAAGGGAGGGAAAUGAAGCCAGAAGCUGGGAAACCCUGAGCCCUUCAUCUGGCACUGGAAAAACCUAACCAUUUUCCGUGGAUUAUCAGAAUCUAGUUCAAUGUUUAUAGAGAAUAAACAAGAAACGAUGUAAUACAAAUUAAAGUUUUGUGCGAUUCGUUAUGAUUUUACUGGCCAGUGAUCGAUAGCAACGAUCGAUAAUUCAUAGUCGACUAUAGAAUCGAUAUAAAUGUCACAUCAUUAACUAGAGGAAAAUCUAUUUAAAAUUUCUGAAAACCGAUUAUUUUUGUCUUUUUGUGAGUACCGUUAAUCAGCUACCGAUAUACAAUUUUCGAUGCCUGUUAAUACUUUCAAAAAUAAUUUCCGAGCAUCUAAAUGUGAUUUGUUCUUACAUUGAUUGUAGUGAAUUGAUAUCGGACGGACGAUGUUGAGAGAAUCGGUAUCACACAGCGGGUAACCGUUUGCACUUGAUAAUCGACAACAAUUAUCGACUAUAGAUCAUCGAUUACCCACUACCGAUCACUGCCAUCAGAUCAUCGUUGGCACACCCGUAGCUAAGUUUUCCAACACACACUCUCAUUACGAAAUAAGACUUACUAGCUAUAAAUAUGCUUCGAACACGAACCCGAACCCCAACCACAACCCCUCCGUGGAGCUCUUCCGUUGAACCUCCCCGCCUUCUAUGGAACAUCGAACUGCCAAUAAACCCACACUGGACGCGUACACAAAACUCUGUAGACCACACUGUACGAAGCUAUUCGAUUGAAAUCUGCUGUAAAUAAUUGCCAUUCAACAGAGUAGUUACUCAAGAGUACUUCAAAGCAGCACUCAUCCGAUUAUUUCGUUUUCAAAUAACGCUCCCGGUUGCUUUGCACAUUUAUCAGUUUUAGGUAUUAGCUCUGGAUAAGUACGAGCAUGUAUUGUAAGUAUGUAUAGCCGGUAAGCCGAUAAGCUAGUGGAGUGGAGAAACAUUUCAUUCAUUCCACUCGUUCAGCACUCCAACAUUAUGAACAAAGCCUUGUUUAUCAUGGACCCAAUUGUCGGAGAGACUCGUUUAAUUGUAUAUAAUUAGUUUUGGAAAAAAAAA